CGCAGGACUAGUAACCUGUAGACACACACGCACAAAGAGACACAGCAGCAGAAGACGACUGCCUGCAUCACACAUCACACACAAUCUGUGUUUCUUUUCCGAAAAUAUUUAAGAAUAGAUUGGAACUGGGUUUUGCUCAGUUUUGGACUCUUCAUUCACUACCAUUACUUUACUCUCCUCCCCUUUCUUCAAACCUUUCAUCUUUCAAUGGCUUCUUGUAGCUUAGGAGCUUCAAAUAUGAAGCUCUCAAAGUUGGAUUUUGGUAGAGCAACAGUUGUUAAUCUACAGAAACAAAGUGGUUUAAUAGCGUGGAGGGGUAGGGGACGACUGCAACAUGCAGGUGUGGCUAUCUCACAUAAAUCAAGAGAAGCAUUCAGGUGUCGUGGUUCAGCUUCGGAAACUGAGUUAGUGACUACUAAAGAGACCAAAUCAUCAGGUUUGACAAGCCAACUUAUUCCAAAUUCAUCUGAGAUCGAAUCCCUGGUCACUGAAAUAUGCAAUACAACCUCGGUAGCAGAGUUAGAAUUGAAACUUUGUGGGUUUCGGCUAUAUGUGAGGAGGGAUUUAACUGAAAAAAAUAAAGAUACACAUCAACCCCUGCCUGCUCCUCCUGCUUCUCUUGCUGUCACUGUGAAAACAACUACUGAUGCAUCUGAUCUCAAUGGGUCCGUUUCUACAUCUUUAGCUAUCUCCAAACAAGAGCCUUCUUCAGGGGGGAUUAUAUCAUUUCUUGAUAGAGCUGCUGAUGAAGGCUUAAUGAUACUGCAGUCUCCAAGGGUGGGGUUUUUCCGGAGAUCUCGAACCAUAAAGGGAAAGCGUGCACCCCCAUCGUGUAAAGAGAAGCAAAUAGUAAAGGAGGGUCAAGUGCUAUGCUUCAUCGAACAGCUUGGUGGUGAACUCCCAAUUGAGACUGACAUAUCUGGGGAAGUCAUCAGAAUACUGCGAGAGGAUGGUGAACCUGUUGGAUAUGGUGAUGCAUUGAUUGCAAUUCUCCCAUCAUUUCCUGGGAUAAAGAAGCUUCAGUAGAUGAGUUGGUUCAUCUUUGUUCACCGCCUUCCCUACAUUAUUUGAGUGGUAAUUGCAUGUAAACAAUACAUUUUGUGCUAAAUCAUCCUCAGCGGUUCAUUACACAUUAUUGAAAUUUUGACAUUGCUCGAGAGAAGCAAUUGAACACAGGGCUCUGUGGAACUAAUGACAAAAUGUCAGCUUUUUGGACUCUUGGUUGUAUAAAAAAGUGGUGGUUUCUCUUGGACAAA